AUGAAUAUAGCGUCUGGGGCAGAUGAAAGAGGGACUAGCGGACACAUCGAGGGUCGGCUGUUGGUGGUACAGCAACUGGUGCGCAGCAUGCUGGUGCGGCUACGGCAACAGGAGGAUCUGUACCAGUUAUACACGGCGACCAAGGAACAAUGCCUGUCUUUUUCGCAGGAGGACCCAGGGGGCGGAAUCGAUGUGGACUCAAUGUUCGAGCUGCUGAUGAUGCGAACACCGGAGUUGCUGGGACUGGUAAGUCUGCCGGCUAUGGUACGCUUUUUUGAAUGGGCCCAGCGGACGGAGACAAUCGCGGCGGAGACUACGAGGGCGGUAAUUACGCCAACAAGGUGCUAUAAUUUUCUAAAGGAGGAUGUUGGAACAUUUGCGCACGGUGCGGAGGUGGUUGGUGGUGUAUUUGAAGCGCUGCAGCUGCUGCAGCAGCUGCAGAUGAUCGUUUUCCGCGAGAAGCCUAUGCUGCAUGAUAGAAACGAUCCGGACUCUGCGAGCCCAAUGUGGAAGCCGCUCGAUUCUCCGACCACGCUGCAGCUGCUCCAUUCGCUCGUGCACGAUAGUGCAACCGGCUCUGGGAAGCUUGGUGGGCUGGCGCAUGACGAUACAGCGUUGUUAAGUCGUGAUAUGCUUGACCGUUCGGCGGCACAUGCCCAUGGCCACUACCCGCAGCAGGAGCCACAAGAGUCGCAGGAUGAAGAGCAGGAUGCCUCACAGCUACCGCACAGCCAGAGUCUCGGACCAGAGUCGCGUUCAUCAACCGCACCACAAGCAUCGCAUAUGUUGCCCCAGCAGCAGCACCAACAGCAUCAUCAAGAAGAACCACAGCUACAACCAGGGGACGACCAGAAACCUAAAGUUCAGCAGCAGGUGGAAGAUCGUCGAAGGGACAAAGAAGAACAGGAACAGCACCAAAAGCCUCAACAACAGCAACAACAGAAAUCGCAAAAGCAGCAUUCACAGACUUCCACUACACCGUUGGCGAAAAGGACGCCACCACAGCCACAAGAUCAUCAGCAUCAACAGAAUCAACAGCAUCAGCAUCAGCAUCAGCAUCAAAAGCGAAAUCGGCCUCAAUUACAUCUCCCGCUACAAAAAUCUUCGACAAGUAAUAGGCAGACAGUACCACUACAGCAACCCCAAUCUGCGUCAAGCACCACCCCAGUUCAGUACUACUAUCCUAACUAUGACUCCGCGUGCAGUUCGCCAUUAUUCCAGCAAUCAAUCCCGGAUAUCAACCAACGAAUCUACCACCUCACGCUCGAAAAUAAUAAACUGAAACAGCAAGAUACAGUAUUGAUGCAACACAUUAACAGCCUCAAGCAGUUAGUAUCUUCUCUUCAAAAGACAGUAACGUCCAUGUCCCUGGCAACUGGAACUACGCCGGUUAAAGGUAAGGUAACCAAGCUGAAACGAUCUGCAGCGACAACUCCGAUACGCUCAACGUUCAUUAACGAAUCAAACAACAGCAGCAUGACCUCGAUCAGUGGCGCGCUGAAUUAUUCUGAGAGCAACACAGCAAAUGCAGCAGAUGAUGAACUGGUCGAUCCGUUGCUGGAGAACUAUGAGCCAUUUAUUUUAAAGACAGAACAAAGACAACAGUCGCGUUCAGCCAACCACGAACCCUCGAGUUCAUCGCAAGGCAUGCAAAGUGUCUUAUCCUUUCAAAACGACCCGUUGUUCGAUAUCCCAAGAGACGACACCUCAUCGCUUCUUUCAUACCAGACAGUUCCCGUGCCAGACUCAUCAGCAUCGUAUUCCAGCAUGUUGGCGCGACCUGUGGGCGCGUCCGUGGAUAUUUCAGUGAAACCGAGUCAUGUUGCUACACUCAUGAGUAGCUCCCUGCAACAAUCGCAGGUAGGAAGCGGGCUCCCCGGUGCAAGUCUAGGCGGCGGCUUUGCCGUACCGAAGGGCACUUCCAUCUGCAGCGGGCUAAGCAACCAGCAGGCCCCGUCGAAACCUAAGAAACCCCGUCCCCGAUAUAAAGAAAGCCAGGGGUCCAAGCUCUCCAAGGGUAUGCAAUACCAGCCCCCGCUGACUGCUGACGGUAAGAAUUACCUCGUCGACGACGAGGGAAAGUUCUCCAUCAUCAUGAGCAACGACCAGGACUCAAUUUACUCCAUCUAUAACGAAUUCUACCAAUCGCUCAAACUCCAGGUCGAGGCAUUUGUCCAGGACUUCGGCAAGUCAAAACUCGUCCAGUUCCGCAAGAAGCGUACCUUCCAAAAGAAGAAGGCCUUCGUCUAUCUUGUCGAGAAGAUAGCGUACUUCACAAAGCUCUCGCCCGAGCAAGUGCUCGAUAUUGUCGACAACGUCCGCCUCAAAGAAGAGAAAUCCGUCGUAUGGGUGUGCAACAAUCUCGGCGCUUUAAAGUGUGCUCUUGUCAAGUACAGGCCGGACCUCCACGACAUAAUUAUGUCGGACCCCGACUAG